AUGUAUGAUCCAAACAAACUACCUGAAUAUCCUGUCCCGGUUCCGCAUGUCAACUAUUCUGCUCCCGGAGUUGUGGUUUCCCUACCUCACGACGUUGCCAUCUCUCUUGUCAUCGUUGGCCAAAAGCGUCCACGCGAGGAGUCGGACUCGAAUGGUGUGGCAGAGCCUGAUUCGAAGCGCCCUGCGAUUUCUAUGGGGCUGGGUGAUGUGAACUCCCACGACAUUGAUAUGAGUGCGAUUAAUAUCCGUAUAUGUCCCCCUGGAAAUUUCUGUUCAACUUCUCUCGGCAAGUUCCACGUGGUUGAUCCCCUCUCGCCGGAUGUAUGGGGUAUAUUUGGUCCGGAUGAUGAGGAUUUGGCGGCGCCACUUCGCUGGUCUCUCAUCAUUCACGAUAUUCAACCUGUCUCAUGGGAGACCAUACGCAGCGUUCACGCCGACUUGGGAAAACAGGCUUGGGGUGAUUCGGUACGAUAUUAA